AUGCGUCCCUCAUUGAUUGCGUUGUCCUUGAAUCCCGCAAACAUAAAAUCCGUCGCUGUGAUUGGUGCAGGCCCAGUCGGAGCUGGGCUUACUAAGGCAUUGCUUAACGAGCGUCACUUUGAUAAAGUGCAAGUCUUUGAGAAGCGUGGUGGAUUCGGUGGUCUCUGGAAUUACACCAAGCCACUCUUGAAGCAUACAGGCGUCACUUCAUGUCCAAAGGUGCCGUGCGAGUCUCCACAUGAGACGAUCAAACCGGUUGUUCAUGAUAAGCAUGGGAGUGUAUUCCAAACAGCUGUUUACAAGUACCUGGAUACCAAUGUCCCCAAGUAUUUGAUGGAAUACGAAAAGUUUCCGUUCCCAGCGUCAGCUCCGUUAUUUCCGACCAGAGAUCAAGUGCUCGAGUAUCUCAUAAGUUAUUCCAAGCCCAUCGAGAACCACGUAAAAUUCAACAGCGAGAUUGUGGGGCUUAAAUACAACGACAAGAGUGCGAAAUACGAGCUUUCUUCUCAAAAUGUCUUAAACGGCGAUCUCGAGACCAGUGAGUUCGAUGCAAUCGCUGUUGCUACAGGCUUCUACGAUUUGCCUUACGUCCCAGACAGACCAGGUCUCAAACAAUGGCAUGAGAAAUUCCCACAGUCGAUUUCCCACGCGAAAGAUUUCGAUUGCCCCGAAGACUUUGCAGAUGUGGAAGGUGAGAUUAUCAUUGUGGGAAACAGCGCAUCUGGUUCCGAUCUUGCGUUUGAGCUGGCCACCACUUUGAAGAGAAAGAUCUACAAAUCCAAGAGAAGCGAAUCGUCACUUCCUUCCGGCUACGACUCGAACAUUAUCGAAGUAUCAGACGUGGAAGCUUUCGAUCCCGAUACUAAGACAGUUAAAUUUGUUAACGGCGAAAAAGUCGCCAACGUUGACAAGAUAAUCUUCUGCACUGGCUACCUAAAAUCCUUGCCAUUUUUACCUCAAACAGCCAAGCCAGGCGAGGUUGGCAACAAAGUGCUAAGCUCCCUCAUCACAAAUGGUUCACGCAUUCACGGACUUUACGACCAUAUCCUACCAAUAAACCUUCCAACUUUGGGAAUCAUCGGCCUACCCAAAUACGUCCUUCCUACCAGACUAAGUGAAACUCAAGGUGCUUGGCUUGCCCGCGUGUGGAGUGGUCGCAUCAAUCUCCCAUCCGAGGAAACAAUGACGAAGUACGAUCAAUGGUUUAUCGAGAAGAAUGGCCCCAAUGGCAAAUAUCACGACUUGAAUUUCCCUAUGGACGUUGAAUACUCUCAACGUCUCAAUAAGGAAAUCAGAAAUGCUGGGAACGGAGGGUAUUUCGGUGUGGAAUGGACGAGCGAUCAAAUUAAACUAAGAAGUUCCAUAAAACCACUCAAAGAGGCAUAUUUGGCUUAUCUCAAAGACACCGGCAAAAGAGCCAUGACAGUGGAGGAAUUGGAAAGUGCAGGCUACUUCCAAUGGCCCCAAGAUGCCAUUACCUCCGUUGAAGUACCCGAAUUUGUGCCAUAA